AUGUUUGCAGGUGAGAAGUUAGGAAAAGUGUCACAAGACACACAAAUCAUUGAGUUUUCACAAGAAGAACAGCCCUUGGUAUCACUGUAUAGCAGGAGUGUUCAACCUGAGCUUUCAAUAGAUCUUCUAACAAGCACCAAUAGUAAGCCAGCUUCUGUUGAGCUUCAGAAAAAGAAGGCUAUUGCUACCUACACAAAGGUGGAAACAGCUCUUUGUGCUCAAGAUUUUUGCGGCAUCGCACUACUGAUACAGAUUUCAAAGAUACUGUCCAAUUUCUCUAAAGUAUAG